AUGUAUAUAGGCUUAAGACUAGGCAACUCUGUUAUGAUUUUAGCUGGCCAACUGCCAUGUCCAGAAACUCCGUUUCGUGAGGACUCGGCCCGCCUCCCAUACCCGAACUUCUACUACGCGCUCGAAGACCUCAUAGCUUCCUACUCGCCGUCCCUCUCCUACUCGAUUCACCGGUCUUCCAUCAUCCUCGGCGCGUCUUCAAGGAGCGCGUACAACGCGCUGCUCACACUGGCAGCCUAUGCUGCCAUAUGUAAACACGAAAGCUUGCCGUUUCGGUAUCCCGGCACCCGAUACACGUGGGAGCAUUUCUGCGACAUAUCGGACGCGCGUUUACUGGCGGAGCAGCAGAUAUGGGCAGGGGUUUCGGAGAAGGCAAAGAACCAAGCGUUCAAUUGCGUGAACGGCGACGUUUUUACUUGGAAGAGCAUGUGGAAGGUAGUGUGCGAGGUGUUUGAUGUUGAGUUUGUGGAAUUUGAUGAGUCCCAAGAGUUUGAUUUUGUGGGGAUGAUGAGUGGAAAAGGAAAAGUUUGGGAGAGUAUAGUGAAAAAGUAUGGGCUUUACGAGACGAAAUUGGAGGAGAUCACUUGUUUUGCAGCUCUGAAUACGGUUUUGCAUAUGGAAUUUCAGCAUGUGUGUAGCAUGAACAAGAGUCGCAAUUUUGGGUGGUUUGGCCAUGUGGAUACACUGCAGAGUGUUGGAACCUGGGUGGAGAGAUUGAGAGUGAUGAAGAUAAUACCCGCAAAAACAGACUGAAAAAAGAAAAAGAAAAAAAGGAAGUAGUAGAAAGGAGGGGUCUCGGCGGCGACAGGGAAAGUGACAGUGCCGCUGAAUGGCCGGGCAAACAUCCGUACUUUUCGCAUGAAAUUUCAGGGAAUACUACAUUCGCCGCGAGGAACAUUCGUACAAUGGUAGAUUUCGUUUUGAACAAUUGGAUUGAACGGUGAAUUAACCCAAAACUUUUAUUUGAUAUUUUUUAUUCUUUAAAAAAAGUUAUAAAUUUUUAUGGGAUGAUUUA